AAAGAAUUCAAGCCCCAGCAAGCUGUUGCAGUAGCUUUGCAGAGGGUGCCUGUGAAUGGAGGGAGAGUCGAACUGCCCCAUCAACUAAUCAAACCUGGGAAACAACAGUCACUCUCAGCUUGGAUUUUGCUCCUCAUGUACGGCAUCCCAGAUCAACCCGAUCGCAGAAAAUGGGAAUAACAUCCAUUUUUGUCCUGCCCAUUCUGGUGGUUCUGGGGGCAGGAGUGUAUUAUGUCUACAAUGAGGUGCAGAAGUUCAUGUCCAAGUCUGUGGUGCGCAACAAAGUGGUGGUGAUAACAGAAGCCACAUCGGGAGUAGGAACCGAAUGUGCCAGGUUGUUCCACACACGGGGGGCCAGGCUUAUCCUCUGCGGCAAGAGCUAUGACAAGCUGGAAUCUCUUUGCGAUGCGCUGAGCAGUGCGUCAGACCCGCGCGUGACCUUCACCCCCAAGCUAGUGCAGCUCGAUUUCAGUGACAUGGACAGCAUGCCAAGCAUCGUCACAGAGAUCCUCGGCUGCUUCGGCUGUGUGGACGUCCUGGUCUGCAACAGCAGCAUGAAGGUCAAGGCUCCAGUGCAGACCCUCUCUCUGGAAAUGGACAGGACAAUCAUGGAUGUAAACUACUUUGGACCUGUCACCUUGGCCAAAGGUGUUCUGCCGUCCAUGAUCUCCAGGAGGACUGGUCACCUGUUACUAGUUAACAGCAUCCAGGGCAAACUGGCUGUACCAUUCCGCACUGCGUAUGCGGCAUCCAAGCAUGCGGUGCAGGCCUUCUUUGACUGCCUGCGGGCCGAGGUGGAGGAAAGCGGCAUCUCAGUCAGCACCAUCGGCCACACCUUCAUCUGCGCUUCGGCCCAGGAGCUCAGCCCGUCCUCCCCGUCUGACAAUCCCUUCUGGACCUUCAUUUACAGACAGCUGUCCCAUGGAGUUCACCCAGUGGACCUGGCUGAGGAGAUUCUGAGCACGGUGAGCAGGAGGAAGAGGGAGGUCCUCCUAGCCCACCCCAUCCCAAGAGUGGCACUCUAUGUCAGGUCCGUCUUCCCAAGCCUCUUCUUCGCUGUGGUUGCGGCUGGUGUGAAGGACUCAGCCAUGGCUGAACAGCUACAGUAGAAAGAGAACGUGGGUGUACAGAGUGGCUGGCACAUACGUGGCUAUUUUAGACCAAGCCUGGUCCAUUUUCUAUGUGUGUGCAGUAGGUUGCAGUAUAAGGCUAAUGAAACAUAGGAGACUGAAAGUGAACGUCUGUAAGGAGGUAAUUUAGUCAAUAGUUUUAAGACAUGAUAGACUGAUGUGGAUAACGAGGGGAAAUAAGAACAAAAAAGAAUCUAUGAAUUUUCUGUCACGUAAAAUAAAACCCGUUUGACAGCAUUUUUAAAACCUCAGACUGGUGAGAUGUAUUCAGUGGAGAAAACAGAAAGCAGUAUUUAACUAAGAAUUAGAGCUAAGUUCUCUAUUAUAUAAACAUUGUCAUGUAGAAAUUAUUAAGAAACAUCGGCAUAACAAGAUUUUUGCGUCAUUAUUUUAGAUUAAAUGCCAUAAAAUACGUUUCUUAAUGUUGAUAGGAUAGAUAUCAGACGUAUUAGUGGUAUAUUUAGGAAAACAGCUGUUUCCUUAAUGUGUCUCUGUAUAUGAAGAUGUUUACAAAUUGGAAAAAAAAUCAUUGUUAUCAAAUGCUAACUUUUACUGACUUUAUUAACUUUAAGUUAUUACCACUAAGUUCGAAAGCAUCAGUAUUAUUCCUGACCUCUUAAAAUUCGUUUUGACGGCGUUUGUGGAAACUAGCAAAACACUGCCCCCUAUUGGCGAAUGCAGUGAGUUAUUGCAACAAGAAAAAGAUCGUGCAAAAUGAUUGUCUGCUUUUGUUGUGUUGCGGUGGCUUGGAAAAUUUUUGAAUCCAUCAGCUAUUUUUCGUCAAUGUACCAAUGUACGCGGUCGUGCAAAAAUGAAAUAAAUAUUUUGUAAAACAGGUUCUAAAUGACAAAUUUCACAAAAUAAACAGUAUUUACCCCUGUUCUAGAAACACGUUUCCUUUUCUAAUUAUUUAUGUCAUAGAUAGUGACGCUAAAAAAAUCUACAAAACAAGUAGGAAUAUGCAGGACAAUGUCACGAAGCUGAUCAGGGAAGCGUGUCACUGGCAGCUGUGCGUCAACAUGGGCGACCUCCAGACUUACACAAAAUGACUAAAACGUGCAUAAACACUACGUACUAAACUAAACUAAACUACAUGACGCAACAGACGCAAGCACACAUCUAAACGUAACUUCACCUUGUUUAAUCUGUUCGAAUUUAAUUUUAUGUCUUGCAUCUGAUGUAAAUAGGUUCUAUGUUAUAAUAAAUAAUCUCCUUCAGUAAAUAUCACGCUGGGUCCUAUAGGCUAUAUGGAAGCCUGUUUCCGCCACGUUAAAAAAGUAAAAAUAAAUAUUUAUCAGAAUUACAACUUUAUGUUUCGCUAAUUUAUUAUAAUUAUAAUUAUUAUUUAUUAGACACCACUACAAAAAAGAGUGCAGUUAAUAUGUAUGUGUUCGUAUUGAUGCUUUUUUAGUGUUUGUUGGAUUUAGUACCGUAUUCACUGAAUGACAGAAUUUUAGCGGAUCUUAAAUUAUAUGUCAUACUGGUAUAGCCUACUUAAAAUUUGGUUACAAUCAAUUUUCAAAUGGUUUUUAAAAAUCAGAUUGAAAAUUAAUUUCCAAUGGAAAAUAUGACGGAAAUAUUUUGUGAUUUUGUCCGUCGGUCCUCCACUUUCACUCAGACAAGCGGUUUUUCAAUUCAAUUCAAAUUAUUUUUAUAUAGCGCCUUUCACAACAGAGUCGUCCCAAGACGCAUUACGUGGAUGUGUUAUGGUACAUUACAACAUCAUUAGAACAUAAUGUUUUGAACAUGAAUUUAAUUUCUGGUAUUAUUCUAACACGUGCAUGAACAUUUUUAUUUUUUUGUAAAAUAAUAACAACAACACGUUUUAUGUCUUCAUGUAAUAUACUUUGUGGUAUUCUGCAAUCCGCACAUAUCACAUUUUAAAUCCUGGAAUAACGUACAUAAAAUUGUUGUGCCAAGUAAUAUUUGCUCACAUGGGAUGAAUAUGUGUUCUUUUUAAGGUGCAGCUAUACAAGUUGGCAAAAAUACAAUUAAACAUUUGUAACUUGAAAGGCGAUACGUCCUUUCAGGCGAUACGUUAUUUAUUACCCUUUACAAAAAUGUACUUUUUGGGUAACUCAUCAUAAUAAAGUUGAUAUUUUCAAACAGCCA